GCAAAUAGAUUCCUGAAUAUUUCAGUUUCGUCAGCCGCCAAGAAUAUUUCCCUCACUCACACGAGAGAGAGACAGAAGGAGAGAGAGGGGAGCGAGGCUGCGUGAGGACCGAGGCUGUUCUGCUGCAGCGUUGAUCUGGUUCCCGGCGACUCAAAGAUUUCCUACAUGGGGAAUCGCUCUCGGCCAAGUGUAGCUAAGGAAGCCAUGGAACCGAUUGAUGAGGAAACAGAGAGUCCUAGCAGAGAAACACUACCGGGCAGAUAUCACCAGUUGAAACGCCCCGAUGGGAAAUUGGGUGAUAUGCGCCUUGACCGGAUCCCAAAUUUUCACUGCAAAAGUCUGCCUUCAAGACGCCUAGAGGCAAACUCAGAAGAUAGCAUGAUGCAUAGUCGGGGUUCUAUGUACCAGAGCUCCAGUGAUGUUAGCAGACUCAGGAAACUCCAAGAGGCGAGGAGGAAAUUAGAUUCCUCAUACGAGAGAGAUGCAUUUAUGUCAUUUGGGGUUGUGGACUUGUCCUCUCAGCCCAGCACUAGCGGAGCUUAUGUGGCUCCACAGAGGAGCCGUUCAGGCAAGUCAAGGUCUUCGAUGAACAGAAAUCAUGAAGUUAAUCAGGAUGACAGGGAGUUUAUAAAUCUUUCAUCACUUAAGGUUCCUGAUGAGAAUUUGAAGCUUGGGAGGCCACGCAUGGACUGCAAUCUGUUGAAAGGUGAUGUAAGAGACAGUUUGCUAGAAUUAUCUCUCGAGGAAGACACCACUAAAAGUCCCUGCAAAAAUGUGGCUCCUCAUUUGCUAGAAGGCAGCGGUAAAAAAGAUAAAAGUUCAAUUUUCCAACAUCCGAUUGGUGUUUAUCCUGAUGGCAGUAACUCAGGUGAAAGAGACUUGGUGAGUAAUCUGCCCAAGUCCUUUUCAGCUAAGGUAGGUGUUUUUGAUGCUACCUAUCCGUUAGAAAGUAUUCAUGCUGUCGAUGGCAAGAAAAAGGCUCGAUCCAGUACAUUCAGGAAAAUUAUGGAUCCUUUCAUGAAGUCGAAGUCUUUGAGAAAUCCUUCCCUCCUGGAAAAGGGAGAUCCGAAAAGUAGUAAUGCACCAGCUAGAGGAAAAAAUAAUGCACUGCACAAACCUUUGUUGAGUGAUAUCUCCAGGACUGAGCAAACCCUCACACCUAAAUGCCAGACAAGUGUGGAAGCCCGGCCUAUGACGGUUACUUCAUCGCCAACUCAUCUUCAUGCUGUUCUUAAAUUGGAUCCUGAUAAUUGUGCUUUUGGUUUUGAGUUUCGUACCAAGGGUCCAGAAGAAUCCAUUUAUGCUAACACCUGGAAAUCUGGAAACGAACUGAAUUGGAUUUACACUUUCCAUAGUGUUGGCAAACGAUCAAGUACCGUGGGAAGGACCUCCAAGGAUAGGCAUGGAUCUCUGCCUCCUAUUGUUGGCCAGAUGCAUGUGUCUUCCUAUCUGUACUCUGAAGUUGGAGAAGAUGGUAUUUUAAAUAACUCAGCCACCAGCGAGUUUGUCUUGUAUGACAUUGCUCAUGCACGACGGAGCUCUGCCGUUGAGAGAACCCAGUGUACAGAUUUCAUUCAACCAACAUCCCGCAAUGUUGUUCGUAAUUCCAUCUCUAGGGAGUCUCUAGAGAGAAAUAAUAUGAUGGAGAGGCAAAAUACAGCAAGGAAUAACUCAGAUGGAUCGGCAUUUUGUCUUUGGUCCCAAGAAGAUCUUCAUCCCCAUUUGGAGGUUGCAGCCGUUGUAAUCCAAGUUCCAUUUCAUAAAACCCGGUCCAAAGAAUUGAAAUCGGGUUCUUCGCCUGGAACUAUCAAAAUUGCUACAGCAGGCGGAGCACAUGGGUUACCAAGGGAUGACGAGAGCAGCCCAUCACCGUUACUUAACCGUCUGAAGAGUGGUGGAAGGUGCGAUUGCGGUGGGUGGGACAUGUCUUGCCCAAUCGUUGUCCUUGACAAUGCAUAUGACAGUUAUUGGGUUGAUUCUGUGAUGAAUGAAAGCAAACAUCCCAUGGAGCUAUUUGUUCAGGGUAACCAAGAAGUUCUCCCUGCGCUUUUGAUGAAGGCAGAUGGAAACGGACAAUUCUCAGUGGAUUUCCAUGCACGGUUAUCAGCACUGCAGGCAUUCUCAAUCUGCAUUUCCUUGCUUCACUGUUCUGAAGCUUCUUCAGCAAUUGGGAUAGAGAAAUUCAAGCACAAACUCUACUCCAGCUCACUUAAGAUUCUCUUGAAAGAAGAAGUGAAGCAGUUAGUGGAAUCAGUAACAGGAAAAGAAAAGAAGAAGGUGAAGAGGACGAAAAGAAAAACAACUCCAUCUAUCAUUGACGGCCCUCCCUUCUCACCUAUGGGAAGAGUAUAGCAAGAUUUUUGUCACCAUGUUCAACAUUUGGGGUUGAUCAUGCUCUUUUUGUUUCAUGAAAUCAAAAGGGAAACAUAUCUUGUUCGUAAGGAUAGAAGCAGCAUGUAGUUUGUUCAUUAAGAUGGGAGCAUCAUGUAGUUUUAUAGCACAAGCCUUUGGCUUCUGUAUUACUAGCAAGUUAGGAAGGCCAUAACUGUUGUUGUAAUUCUGAAGAGAAGAAAAGUUUUGUAUGAAAAACCUCUUUCCAGGAGUUGAGAAGAUAAAUAGACCAGAUUAUGGCCAGUUCUGCAUA